AUGCCCCCCUCCUCCUGCGAGACGCUGCGUGCAUGGCUACUGUCCGCGCUCGUUGUGCACGGGGUCGUGGCGGGCAACCCCGACGCGAAGAGGCUCUACGACGACCUCCUCUCCAACUACAACAAGCUGGUUCGGCCGGUGGUCAACACCUCCGACGUGCUCAGGGUCUGCAUCAAGCUGAAGCUCAGCCAACUCAUCGACGUGAACCUGAAGAACCAGAUCAUGACAACGAACCUGUGGGUGGAGCAAAGCUGGUACGACUACAAGCUGCGGUGGGAGCCGAAGGAGUACGGCGGCGUGCACAUGCUGCACGUGCCCUCCGACCACAUCUGGAGGCCCGACAUCGUGCUGUACAACAAGUAA